CCGAUCUGCUGCCGCCAGCGAGCAGAUCGAGCACGCACGUCGAUCGGUCGAUCAUGGCGAAGGUGCACCGGCUCAUCAACGCCGUGCUCCGGCUCGCCGCGGCGGGGGCUGCGGCGGCGGCGGCGGUCGUCAUGGUGACCAGCCGCGGGACCACCAGCUUCUUCGGCAUCCAGAUGGAGGCCAAGUACUCCUACACACCGUCCUUCAUCUUCUUCAUGGUGGCGUACGCCGUGGCGCCCGCUUACAGUCUGCUCGUCCUGGUCGUGCCGGCCGGGAGUGCCCUCUACAGAUUGGUUCUCACAACGGAUGUUGUACUGCCUCAGUGUUUCUUGUUAUUAUCUUAUUAUUAUAGAGCCUUUUAACAUCUUUAAAAAAAU